CAACAUGUUAUGUUUAUAACAGAUCUCUACACUCUCUGUCUCUCUCCUUAAAUUACACCUCUUUUUUUUCCUUUUUUUUUUUUUUUUUUUUUCCUUUAAUAAAAAUCUCCUCUUUCUUCUUUCUCUCUUGGAAAUAACUACUUGGGAUUUUAUUCUAUUAGUAUCUUUGGAAAUGGAGUUUCACUCUCCUUUAUAUUUCUAGUUCCCCAAAUUCUAAAAAUAGACACUUUCAACUCCGUCUCUUUUCCUUCCUCCCUCAAUAUAACCCCUUCCUCUUCUUUUCAGUCCCCCCCCCCCCCUCCCCCAUUGACAUAAUGCUUACGUUUUGAGUUCACCCUUUUUUCUCUCUCUCUCUCUCUCUCUCUAGGAUCAUCCCCAUUUUAUCCGUUAUUCUUCUGAAAUGGGGAAAGCUACCAGAUGGUUGAAGGGCUUAUUGGGGAUCAAGAAAGACAAAGACCCAUCUCCAAAUUCAAAUUCAAACUCCAAUUCAACAACCCUCGCCGCCGACAACAGAAAGGACAAGAAACGCUGGAGUUUUGCCAAGUCCACUAGAGAUUCCGUCCAAACACUGCCUCCUCCCCUUGAGACUGCUUGGUUCAGAUCCUCUUACAUUUCUGAUUCUGACAAAGAACAGAACAAACACGCAAUUGCUGUAGCUGCAGCCACUGCCGCAGCUGCAGAUGCCGCCGUCGCCGCUGCUCAAGCGGCGGUGGCCGUCGUUCGUCUCACAAGUCAAGGAAGAGGAAGAGCCUCUCUCUAUAUCACCGGAAGAGAUAGAUGGGCUGCUGUCAAGAUUCAAACAGUUUUUAGGGGCUAUUUGGCAAGAAAGGCAUUACGAGCUCUCAAAGGGCUUGUUAAAUUACAGGCUGUGGUUAGAGGAUUUCUCGUAAGAAAAAGAGCUGCUGCUACUCUUCACAGUAUGCAAGCUCUUUUUAGAGCUCAAACUGCUGUUAGAACUCAACGAGCUCGUCGUUCUUUCAACAAAGAGAACAGGUUUAUCCCCGAUAUUCGACCCCGAAAAUCCUCCGAACGGUUUGAUGAAACAAGAAGUGAAUUAUUCCAUAGUAAGAGGUUGUCUGUAGCAUCAUCUUACGAAACCUGUAUGAAUUCAUUGGACGAGAGUCCGAAGAUUGUGGAAAUUGACACUUACAGAACUCGAGCGAGGUCUCGUAGGUACAUUUCAACAUUGUCCGAAUGCGGAGCAGAUGAUAUAGCUUUCCAAACAUCACCAAUACCAUGUUCAAAUCGACCUCGUGGAGUGGUGGAUUGCCACAACAACAAUGUGCUUCGCGACUUCGAAUGGUGCUUGAUGGGUGAGGAUUGCAAGUUCCCUACAGCUCACAGCACGCCCCGGCUAUCGAAUAACUCAUUCGUGUCUGCCAACGUGCCAGUCACCCCGUCGAAGAGUGUGUGUGGGGACAGCUUCUACCGGCCAUACAUGAACUACUGCCCCAAUUAUAUGGCAAACACACAAUCUUUCAAGGCAAAACUGAGGUCUCAAAGUGCCCCAAAGCAAAGGCCAGAGCCAGGGUCCAAGAAGAAGCUAUCGUUGAAUGAAAUAAUGGCAGCAAGAAACAGCUUAAGCAGUGUAAGAAUGCAAAGACCUAAUAACCAAAUGCUGCAAGAAGAAGAAGAAGAAGAAGAUGAUGAUGAUGAUGAUGAAGAAGAAGAAGAAACAUCAUAUGGUUUUUGAAUGAUAUGUUAGUUUGUUUUCUUUUGUUUGUUAAGGUUUUAAUUAAAGCAAGAAAUGGGAUAGAAUCAUAGAACAAGAAGUUGAAAUCUCUGUCUCUAUAAAAAAAAAGCUUUGUUUUUUUUUUCUCUCUCUCUCUCUCUCUCUGCUUCCACAUUUUACUGUUAAAUCUCAAGAAAUGAAUGAGAUAGAUAUAGCAACAAAGGGAGCUUGUAAUUUGUAAUUAAAAUUUAUUUUUAACACUUCCCUUUCAA